AUUCAUCUACAGUAGCUACCCACGUUGUGGCAAGCUGUGUAGUGGCUUUUUCCACUCAUCAGAUGGAGGCUCAUUCGAACACAUUCUCUCACAUACACAAUACCCAUUUUGGAGGUUGAGGUUUGUGUGUGUGUGUGUGCAUGUGCACAAAAGAGUGGAGAAACUGAAAGUGAGAAAUAUUAAGGUUAUGUAAGGAGUAGUUUCAGUUAGUGUCUCUUUGUACAGCCGUCAUGAGGUCGCUCGUCUGUCUUCUUUUCUGCCUUGUGCUGUUUCUGCUCUGCCUUACUGCAGAAGCAAGUCAUCUUUCUUCAACCUGCUGUUUGAGGACAAGCAAAGACAGAAUACACAAAAACAGAGUGUUGAGUUACACAGUUCAGAGAGCAGGAGUGUGCCCUAUCAACGCAAUUGUCUUGUUGACUGUAGGAAGGAAAAUUAGGUGUUUUGAUCCAGAUUCAGAAUGGAUCAAAAAAAUUAUAAGAACGGUGGACCAGAAAAAAACGACUGAUCCAAAAGCCUUGCCAAGCCAAAAUGCCAAGAGACGGAACAAAAAUAACAAAGGAAAGAGACGCAGACAAAAGAAUAAAAAUACAUUUUGAGUUGUUUGUUUACUUUUGGAAUGUAUUGUUUGACCUGCCAGCUGACAUAAACCUUAAUUUGUAAGAUGUCAAAAAUAAGUAUUCACAACUGUUUUAUGCUGAGUGUGUACAUUAUCAAUCUCUUUUGAAAUGAAUUUAUUCUGCUUCACAGAUUUUAUAAUCUCUAAUCAAGAAUGUAUUUUUGUUUUCAAUGUUUGUAUAUUUUUUUUAGAAACAUUUAAUAUUGCAAAAUGCAUGUUGUUGUGCAGAUUUGAUUUUGGAAUUAUUAUUA